CAGCUUCUCAGUGUUGAAAUUGUACAGUACAUAUCACAUCAUGGGCUGUUCUGUAGUCUCCGCUGGACACUUGAAGGGUAUGAAUGAGAGAGAAUAUUUAUCUCGUUUGGUCUGUUUGUUCAAUAUCAUCGGCCGACUUCAACAAUAGGAUAACAUGUUACAACUUUCUCUUUUACCGGCUUGUGUCCGGGUCCUUUUCUUAGGAUUGGUAGCGACUAGCUUUACAAACGCUGCACCCUCCCCCGGAAAAAGGUCUACAAGAGUGACUGAUUCGUCAUGUGGAAUACUCAUGGAUGAUAUGAAAGUAAACGGAAGUAGGUGUUUCUGCCCCAAAGUUCCUGACUUAAGCUGAUCUUUGAUGGUAGCAACAAUAUUCAAAGCAAAAGCAGUGUACGACUGUUGGGUAUCAGUUCCAUUCAAUCCAGCCGUAGCGACCAGAUUUCUGUCGUAUCUCCACGACACCAUACAGUUUCAAUCGACCCUCAACUAUCUCAAAGACCCGCCUACUGGGUAUCAGCAGCCAGCAGUUGAUCUUAAUGCGGGCUUGCAAACCAUUCAAUAUAAAAUCAAUUCUGGAACCUACAAGAAUGAGUAUGGGUUUGAAGUUGCUGUGCAACAGCUUUUGUUUGCCGCUCAUGACGAUCAUCUUGAUCUUGUGUGGGGCAUUUUUGGUGCUUUCUCGUUCGGUGCUCCAUAUGAUAUUGUUUCCGUCUCGCGCGAUGGUCUCGAAUUGCCUAAGAUUUACUUUCUAAGUAAGUGCAAGCACAAAUAUCUUCCUCUACACCGUCCAUUCAGUUCCAGCUAACAUCAACAAGAUGAUAUCAUAGCAUAUCAAAAAGGAGAAACACCCUUUCCAUCGGCAAUCUCCAAAAUAAACGAAAUUAACACUGUUGAUUAUCUACGAGCUUUUGCCAAACAAAAUGCAUUGGGCUCUCUUGAGCCACACUCUGAAUUCAACCAAGUGAUGGCCAGUCCGUCCCUUGAUAUACAAGGCCUUUCUAGUAUCUGGACGGGAGACGCAACAUUCUAUCCAGGCGAGUCACUGACCUUUACUCAAGAGGAUGGAAAGCAAGUAGGACCCGAGCCAUGGCUGGCAGUAUAUAACGGACCAGGUGAAACUGGCCCAUUGGAAACAGGUACGUACAAAGUGGACUUGAGCGAUCCCUGAGCUAAUCCUUGGUCAAUAAGGGGGUGAUUUCUACAACUUCUUUGUUCUUGGAAACUACCCUGCUUCUUUCCGACCUUUCGCAGAUUACUACGAUUAUUCCAUACCUACAGUCGAACAAGAAGUGGGCGACGAUGAGCCGACCUCAUCAAUAAGCAGUAGUCCUGCCUCAACUACAGCAACAUCAGAACCAACUUUAACUGGUUGGGAUCAUGCGGCUUAUCCCGGUGCCGCCGAUGUUGCGCAAGAUAACUUUGGGACUUAUGGAGGAGGUUCUGUUUCCGGAUAUUUCAUCAAGAAAUCCUCGAUAGCCGUCCUUAGCAUUCCAACUUUCAGUGCCUCUGGUGAUGACAUUGACACCUUCACCGAUACAAUCAGCGCCUUUCUAAAGAAGAGUAAAACAGCAGGGAUGAAGAAAGUUGUAAUUGACCUGCAACAGAAUUAUGGAGGAGGUUAGUAUUCAUAUUCUCCAUGUGCAACUUCGUUGGCUGGAUCUGAGAGCCUCUCGCAACUUAUACAGUCCCCGAGAAGUAUGCUAACACACAACAUCCUACAGAUAUACUUCUUGCAUACGAUGUAUUUAAGCAAUUUUUCCCUCUAGUCGACCUAUAUGGAGGAAGUAGACUGCGUGCCCAUCCACCAGCAGACAUUAUGGGCAAAUCGAUAUCUACAUACUUCGAAACGCUUGGCCCAGAUGACGACGAUUACAUCUCAUUGUUUACAAAUGAAUGGUUAUCGAUAAACCGAGUGAACGAUAAUACUAAUCGUAACUUCACGUCAUGGUCUGAGUUCUUUGGACCUAAUCAGAAAAGUAAAGAUGCUUUUACUACACCAGUAAGAACCGUUUGGCUCUCAACACAUGAUGCCUAAUGACUAAUAAAGAACAGCAACGAUAUAAUCUCUCCAGCCAUCUCUUCAACACCCUAUACGUAGGAAGUUCAAACGAAGAAUUUUCCCUUCAUGGUUUCGAUAAACAAUCGACGUCUGAGGCCCAACCUUAUGCUGCCAAGGAUAUCAUUAUUCUCAGCGACUCUUUAUGUUCUUCAACCUGUGCAAUAUUCAUGGAGAUGAUGCACCACGACGCAGGUGUGCGAACUGUCGUAGCUGGAGGACUGCCCAUCAACGGUCCUAUGCAAACUCCAAGGUACCUACGCACUCCAACUUUCUUGCUAAUACUAGUACUGACAACCAUUAGUCUGACCCGCGGAGCUCGCUUCUACGAUAUCAAGGAUAAUCUCGAUCAAAAUAUCAACUACGCUGAAGCUCUUCUGAAGUAUUUCAAGAAGCCAGGGGGCAACUUCCUUCCCAACCGUACCGCCGCAUUAGACGUCGUAGUCAAUUCCGGUAGUAUCAAUUUACGCGACCAGAUUCGAAAAGACGGCGAUAUCCCCGUCCAAUUCUCUUAUGAAGCUGCGGACUGUCGUAUAUAUUUCACCCCUGCCACGGUGUGGAACUACACCGCACUCUGGCAAUACGCGGCAGAUGCGAUUUGGACCAACCCAAAGCUCUGUGUCCAGGGCUCCACAGGGCAUUCAAAUAUAAACAACACGAAAACGGCUGCACCUGCAGACACUGUACUCCUCACUUCAAACGCUGCGGAGAUUCAAGCUCCUGAGGUGCAAUUGGGAGAAGCAAUCAUGUCAGUGAUAUCCUCUGCGCCAAAUCUCGGGGAAAUAGGCGAAGCAAAGAGCGGAGCCGAUUAUUCCACAACCGCGAUAGAAGAUUUCCUCGACAAACCAUGCGCAAAUUUCUCCAAAGGAUGUCCCAAAUCGAGCUUCUGGUGUCUCAAGUCAUAUUUGGCUUGUAACAAAGCUGGGAAGGCGGUCACUACGCCUUCGUGUGUCAUACUUUGCAAGCCGAAUAAUUUGGGAAGAGAUUGUCCCAGUAAAAACUGUCAGGCUAUCAAGCUGGAUGAUACUGCUGCAUCCAAAACUGCUGUGCACAAUGGUAGUGGAUACUGUGUCCCGAAACCGCCGUCCUGUAAGAAAAGUUCAAAGAAAAAUAUUUCAGGAGCGGACACGCCUCCUGCUCCUCCAUAGGGUCAUUUAUAUGCAAGCAGGGGAGGGGUCGGACUAAAAGGCUGCAGAGUAAGGAUAGCGUAGUAGACUAGUAAUAUCGUAAAGAAAUAUUGUAACAAGAUAUCAUAAAGUUCCCAGCGACUUGAUUCUCAUCGAUAAAAGAUACCCUGGGACCGCCAAUUAAGGACUAG